AGUGCAGCAAUGGAGGAGACAGUCAUUUGGGAACAGCACACAGUAACAUUACACAGGGCACCAGGGUUUGGCUUCGGGAUAGCCAUAUCAGGAGGUCGGGAUAACCCUCAUUUUCAGAGUGGCGAGACCUCCAUUGUCAUCUCGGAUGUGCUGAAAGGAGGCCCGGCAGAAGGCCUACUGCAGGAAAAUGACAGAGUAGUGAUGGUCAAUGCUGUCUCUAUGGACAACGUGGAGCAUGCAUACGCUGUCCAGCAGCUUCGCAAAAGUGGAAAAAUUGCCAAAAUUACAAUCAGACGGAAGAGGAAGGUGCACGUCCCCAUGGGUCGGCUGGGCGAGAGGGAAACGAUGUCGGAGCACGACGAGGAGGAGGACAGCUACGACGAAGAGAUCUACGAGACGCGGAGCGGGCGCAGCGGUGCUUACAGCGGGGUGGGCGGAGCUAUGGGCAGGCGCAGCGGGCGGAGCGGCGGGCGGCGGGACAGGGAACGUGAGCGGAGCGGCUCGCGAGAGAGGAGCCUCUCCCCGCGCUCAGACCGCCGCUCGCACAAUCUCCCCCCGCGCCCUGCCAAGGUCACGCUGGUCAAAUCUCGCAAAAAUGAAGCAGAAUAUGGCCUGCGCCUGGCCAGCCACAUCUUUGUCAAGGACAUCUCACCCGAGAGCCUGGCAGCCAGAGAUGGCAACAUCCAGGAAGGGGAUGUUGUACUGAAGAUUAAUGGCACAGUAACAGAGAACCUCUCCUUGAUAGACGCCAAGAAACUGAUAGAAAGGUCAAAGGGCAAACUAAAAAUGGUUGUUCAGAGAGACGACAGGGCAACCCUACUGAACAUCCCCGACCUCGAUGACAGCAUUCCUUCAGCCAACGCCUCUGACAGAGAUGACAUUUCAGAUAUCCAUUCUCUGGCAUCCGACCAUUCCAAUCGAUCGCAUGACAGACAUCGUAGCAGUCGUUCUCGAUCUCCAGACAGACGAUCUGAACCCUCAGACCACUCCAGACAUUCGCCCCAACAAAUCAGCAACGGCAGUCACAGAAGUCGUGACGAUGAACGGACCUCAAAGCCUGCUUCGACACCAUCGAAGCUCGUGGAGGAGAUCCCUCUGCCAAAACCGAAGGAGUCAUCUGUGACAAGAGAGGAGAAGCAGCUCCCACCCCUCCCAGAGCCCAAGCCGGUGUACGCUCAGCCUGGACAGCCAGAUGUAGACUUACCAGUCAGUCCUUCCGACGCCCCGGUGCCCAGCGUUGCCCAUGAUGACAGCAUCCUACGGCCGAGCAUGAAGCUGGUGAAAUUUAAAAAGGGGGAGAGCGUGGGUCUGCGGCUGGCCGGGGGCAACGAUGUGGGCAUCUUCGUCGCAGGAGUUCUGGAGGAAAGCCCGGCCGCUAAGGAGGGCCUGGAGGAGGGCGACCAAAUUCUCAGGGUAAAUAAUGUCGAUUUUGCUAACAUAAUCCGAGAGGAGGCGGUGCUAUUCCUCCUGGAUCUUCCUAAAGGUGAAGAGGUCACCAUUCUGGCUCAGAAGAAAAAAGAUGUGUACCGGCGGAUUGUGGAGUCCGACGUGGGAGACUCUUUCUACAUCCGGACACACUUUGAAUAUGAGAAGGAGUCUCCUUAUGGGUUAAGUUUUAACAAGGGUGAGGUUUUCCGCGUGGUGGACACGCUCUACAACGGCAAGCUGGGUUCUUGGCUCGCUAUCCGUAUCGGCAAAAACCACCAGGAGGUGGAGAGGGGCAUCAUCCCCAACAAAAACAGAGCAGAGCAGCUGUCCAGUGUUCAGUACACGCUCCCUAAAACAGCAGGAGGUGACAGGGCCGACUUCUGGAGGUUUCGAGGUCUUCGCAGUUCAAAGAGGAACCUGAGGAAGAGCAGAGAGGACCUGUCUUCCCAACCAGUCCAAACCAAGUUCCCAGCGUAUGAGAGAGUUGUACUAAGAGAAGCUGGUUUCCUCAGACCCGUUGUGAUUUUUGGACCCAUCGCUGAUGUGGCUCGAGAGAAACUAUCCAGAGAGGAGCCAGAUCUCUUUGAACUCGCAAAGAGUGAACCCAGAGACGCAGGAACCGACCAGCGUAGUUCAGGAAUCAUUCGUCUUCACACCAUCAAACAGAUCAUUGACAGAGACAAGCACGCUGUGCUGGACAUCACCCCGAACGCCGUGGACAGACUGAACUAUGCUCAGUGGUACCCGAUCGUAGUCUUCCUAAAUCCCGACAACAAACAGGGUGUGAAGAACAUGAGGACGAGACUUUGUCCAGAGUCCAGGAAGAGCGCCAGGAAGCUUUAUGAGCGAGCCAUUAAACUGAGGAAAAAUAAUCACCACCUGUUCACCACGACCAUCAACUUGAACAAUAUGAAUGAUGGAUGGUACGGCGCUCUGAAAGAAACCAUCCAGCAGCAGCAGAAUCAGUUGGUGUGGGUGUCAGAGGGCAAGGCGGACGGCACCACAGAGGACGACUUGGACAUCCACGACGACCGUCUGUCCUACCUAUCGGCGCCAGGUAGUGAAUACUCCAUGUAUAGCACAGACAGCCGCCACACUUCUGAUUAUGAGGACACAGACACUGAGGGAGGAGCAUACACAGACCAGGAGUUAGAUGAAACUUUGAAUGAUGAGGUGGGCUUGCCCACUGAGCCCGCCAUCACCCGCUCUUCAGAGCCUGUGCGAGAAGACCCCCCCGUGAUACAAGACACACCCGGGUAUCCUGGAUACCAGCACUCUGUGCAGCCCGACCCGGCCAGUCGAAUGGACCCCACUGGGUUCAAGAUGGCCGCUCCACAGCAGCAAGGUGAGGCUGCUCUGCCCAUGCCCUCGCUGCCUCCGACGGUGGCAGCUCCCUCUGCUGUUGAGCAGCCUGUGCAGCAUGAGGGUGUGCACCUAGAGGAGCCGCCUGCUGCAGCCGCAGCUCCUCAGGCUGACUCACUUAACAGCCCCAGCCCUGCCCCUGAGCUUAUCCAGCCCCCACCACCACCUCCACCACACGAACCCCACCUGUCUGGACCUCCUGGUCCAGAACCAAAGAUGUACAAGAAAGAUCUGUACAAUAUGGAGGACCCGGUGCGAAUCAACCACAGUCUGAAGCAGUCUAUGAGCUACAGUCACCAGCCUCCGUACCAGGACAAACAGCCAUACCACGAGUACGACCACCCGCCUUACGGUUACGAUGGAGGCGGCUACACAGAACCAAAGCCUCCCAACACAGACUCUCACCUGCACUACGACAACCGUGUGCCUCAUUACAACGAACAGUGGCCCCCAUACGACCAGCAGACCUCCUCUUCCCAGCCCGCCGGGUAUCAGCCGAGCCACCAGCAACCCGCAGGCUACAACCCUCGCUCCCCCUACGAGGAUGGACCGGGAAGAGACUACAGCCCCCCUCAGCCACGCUACGAGGAAGCCCCGCCAGCGGGCUUGGACGGCAGACCGCGCCACAGUAAACCUGGACCGAUACGCUACGACGAGCCGCCUCCCCCACCCCUGGCAAGCUACGACGCCCGUUCUCCUUACGAGGCAGAGUCUCGCAGCUUCCCCAUCAACUCGCCUCGCUCACCGGAGCCUCCAAAGCACUAUUACGGUGACUCCGGUUUAAGGCCCACCUUCAUGUCUGGGCCUCCGAACCGGGGUUACAAGCCAGGGAUGCAUGAGCCCAUGAUGAACUCCGAACCCACCAUCCCCCUUCCCAAACCGGAGGCUCUGCCCUCCCCAGGUGAGCCAGCAGUUACGCCAGGCUCCAAACCCCUUCCUCCUCUGCCGCGGGAAGACCUGGACGAAGAUCCAGCCAUGAAACCGCAGUCGGUGCUCAACAGAGUCAAGAUGUUUGAGAAUAAACGGUCUGUUUCUAUGGACAGGGCAAAAGAGGGGGAGUCAUCAGUCCUCAGGCCUGCAGAUGUUCCCAAACCUGUGAGCGCUCCUGCCCCCGUCCUCAAAGCUAAUUCCCUCAGUAACCUGGAGCAGGAGAGGUCCACGUACAGAGCUCCUGAGCCACAAAAGCCCCACACUAAGCCCUUGGAUGACAUGGUGCGUUCCAACCAUUAUGACCCAGAUGAGGACGAGGAGUACUACAGGAAGCAGUUGUCCUACUUUGAUCGCCGCAGUUUUGACAGCAAGGCAAUGGGCCAACCGGGUCCUGGCAUCAACCGCUUCCACGAUCUGCCCAAACCAGCCCAGCUGUCCUACCCCUUUAACAGAGUCGAGUCUAUGGAGAAGGUGAGCCCGGUGGAGAAAAGAUACGAGCCCUUACCUCAAAUCAGUCCUUCCACACAGUAUGGACCCCCAGUUCCUGCUAUUCCCCCCAACACGCUGCCCAAACUUAGCCCCAGUGAGGUUAACUCUAUAGCUGAGCCACUGAGUUCUCCCAACCCUAAACCUGACCUGGCAGCACUCAGGCCGACCAGCAGGGACGAGCCUGCACCAGGUGGUUACCUGCCGCCGCCGCGGGGCCUCCCCGACAAAGUCCCCGUCAACGGUACCGACGUGGCGCCCCCAAAGACUCUGGGUGCUCCCCUCCCAACCAGCUACAACCGCUACGUCCCCAAGCCUUACACCAGCGCAGCGCGGCCCUUCGAGCGCAAGUUUGAGAGUCCAAAGUUCAACCACAACCUGCUGCCCAACGACUCGCAGGUGAAGACGGACCUCCUGGGUAAGCCCGGCGCGGUGAGCAACAGCAGCGGGAAACCCCAGCUGUCCCCGCAGCCCCUCGAUCACGACAGCGGCCUGGACACCUUCACGCGCACGAUGGACAACAGGCCCAAAUACCAGCACAAUAACAUCAACGCCAUUCCUAAGGCCAUCCCUGUAAGCCCCAGUGCUCUGGACGACGAUGACGAGGACGAAGGGCACACAGUGGUGGCCACCGCCCGGGGUAUCUUCAACUGUAACGGAGGGGUCCUGAGCUCCAUCGAGACAGGCGUCAGCAUCAUCAUUCCCCAGGGCGCCAUCCCCGAGAGCGUGGAGCAGGAGAUCUACUUUAAGGUGUGCCGGGACAACAGCAUCCUGCCCCCCCUCGACAAGGAGAAAGGAGAAACGCUGCUGAGUCCGCUGGUGAUGUGUGGCCCUCAUGGACUCAAGUUCCUGAAGCCGGUGGAGCUCCGUUUACCUCACUGUGCGUCUAUGACCCCUGAUGGUUGGUCUUUUGCUCUAAAAUCCUCCGACUCCUCGUCGGGUCCAGCAGCUGAACACGAGUUUCUGUUUCCUGCAGGUGAUCCUAAAACCUGGCAGAACAAAUCUCUCCCCGGAGAUCCGAACUACCUGGUGGGUGCAAACUGCGUGUCUGUGCUCAUUGACCACUUCUGAAGAGGGCGACAGCUGGCCUGUUACUGAAUGUGAGAAACUGUGUGUGUGGGGGGGGGGGACCUCCUUUGCCCCACCCCCCUCCUCCUCCCGCUGCUCUCCCUCGCACCGCUCCACGAAGUAUGAACUCCAUCCUCUCACGUUGUUUACUGUGCCCAAAAUUUAAAAAAUCAAACAAACAAAAAGAUAAUAAAGACACUCUUUCUCUCACACACACACACAAGGAGAAGCAGAGGAGUCUGGCAGUGACGAAGCUGUACUCCCGAUUAGUUUCACUUAUUUUAGUUGUUUUCGGUGCUUUCAAGGCUUGCAAAAAAAACAAAACAUUAACAGAAGUUAUUUAAACAAAAAGGACUGAAGUUGGAAUGCAUGACCAGGUGCCACAGACUGAAUAAUCUCAUUUUGACAUUUUUAGCUAAUUUUUUGUAAAAGGUUAGAGCAGCGAAAGAAUAAAAAAAUGGGGUGGGGAGGGGGGUUGGUGGGGGGAACGAAGAAGAAAUUUUGGAAACUUAUUUAAUAUUGCAACGAGAUUUUUGUGUACUGUAGAAGAAAAAUAACAAAAACUCACAACAAAGUUUGUGUAUAAAACUUGUGAGGUUGUGCGUUUCGCUCCAUGAAGGGGGAAAAAAAAAAAAACGUCGUAAAGAGUAGAAAAAUAACCAAGAAGGAACGUUAAGUAUUAGCAAUCAGAAGCCCGUUCGUCUCGGGGCGGAGCGCUCUCUGACUAAACUGCUGUUUUUGUAGAAAAGUUUUUCUCGUAGAUAAAUAUACUGACUUGAUUUUACAAACUCCUGCUGUCUAGAGAUCUAUGCAUGUGCUACGACUCAGGUCCAGACGCCUGCUACUGCUAAGUUCAACACAUGAAAACCCCAUCGUUACACUGCAAGCAGUGAUGCCUUAUCUGCAUAUUAACUUUUCAGUCAAACUUUCAAAACAUCGGAUCCUUGAGUUGUAAAAAAAAUAAUUAUAAACAACACUAUCACCACGGAAAGGAGAGGAAAAAAAAGGGUUGUCCGCAUUUUUCUCGCCAACAGCGAACUCUGGAUUUUUAGCACACGAGAAUAAGUCGGGGCUGAUGAAAAAAAAUGAAAAUCAAAAAACGGUAUGCUUUGUUUUACUGCUAUGCAUCUGAAGUCUGAGGAAACAACACAAAGCUAGAUGAUGAUGAUGAUGAUGAUGAUGAUAUCGUGGCUGUACAUACUGCUAGCAUAUGGCCUUGGUUCUCUGUAAAUGAACUUUUGUACAUCUUUGUUAUUUUGUAUAAAAGAGGAAAAACAUUUGUUUAAAAAAACAAAAGCAAAAAAAACCAAAAAAAAAAACAAGAGAAAGUGGUUACAUUGGUUAUGUUUGUAUUCUGGUUAUACCCCUGAGCCUUGGAACUGACAUAAGCAGUAAUAAGUCUGACUUUUCUACCAACACACACUCGUAAACACAGACACACAAACAGAUACAAGACUUAAGGCAUUUUUAACUGUCAGAAAACUUUUUAUUCUUAUUUACAAACUAGAGAAGUGCUUGGUUUAACUGAUUUUAAAAAGACGUACUUGAGGGGGGCUGCUGUGACGAGUGGUCCCUUCCUUUAUUUGUGAUACUGGAUGCUGUAUUGUGUGCCCUGAAAUGUAUUUUUGUACUAAUAGACAAUUUAUUAUGGCACAUCAGUACUAUUUUUCUUUUGAUAUGAUAACACGGCUUCAAACCCAACACUAGUUUACUUUCCCGUGUGGCUGACGUUCUUUUUAUUUAUUUGGUUUUACUUUGGUUCAGUUUUGUUUUUGUUUUUCUUUGCAACACAUUUCUAAGUAUACCACUGUAUUACUAAAUAAAUUCAUUUAUAAAGUAAAGGUU